AUGUAUAACGGAAUUGGUUUAAGAACACCAAGAGGUUCUGGUACGAAUGGAUAUGUUCAGAGGAAUCUUUCGUUUGUAAACACCAAUCGACAGAAUCAAUCAAAGUUGAAUCAACAGCAGUUCAAACAACCGGAUAAUCAAAAGUUGGCACCACAGAGAAAGGCAAACUUGGAGAUCAUUCAGCAUAAUGAAUUGCGAAAGAUAGAGUUGGCCGUCGAGGAAUGGGCAGUCGAAGAGAAUCUCUAUGAGAGUGGCUACGACGACGAUGAAAUAGAGCGAUUGAAACAGAAAAAGCGGGAGGAGUUGAAGAGAGACAAUGAGCGAGAGGAUGGCGAUAUUACAUCGGUGGAGAAGCUGCGUAAUACCUUUGAUCUUAGCGAGACACAUCAAGCUCAGCACGUCAAGGACGCAGAGAAUCUCCGAUUCCAGAAUGCACUGAAAUUGCCCGCUGGCUAUGUUCCCGGUACCAGUUUAGAUCAAAAGAUACAAGAAGAACAUAAACUAAAGAGAAAGCAAGCCUAUGAAGAGAGAGAAAAGCAGAGAGAACAAAGGGAACGUGAACAGCGACGACAAAUGAAGGAGAUGGAAAGACAAGAUAAAAAAGAUAGAGAAAGAGAUCGUAGAGAUAGAAACAUCGAUAAAAAAGAUAAAGAUAACGGUAGAGAUAGAGAAAGAGAAAGAGAUAGAAAGAGAAGUAAAAGAGAUCAUAGCAGUAGCAGUAGCAGUAGCAGUAGUAGUGACAGUAGCGAUAGUAGUGAAGAUGAAAGAGAUAGAAGAAAUAGAGAUAGAAGAGAUAGAGAUAGAGAAAGAGAGAGAUCAAGUAGAAAGGAUAAUACAAGUAAAGAUUCUUAUAAAGAUGAUAAAUAUAAUAAAAAGAGAAGAAGUAGAAGUGAUAGUAGAAGUAGAGAUAGUACUAAGGACAGUAAUGAUAGUAGAUUAAGAGAUAGAUCACCUACACCACCAAGAGAUAGAUCGAGAGAGAGAUCUUCAACCCCGCCUAGAGUAUAUAAAUAUAGUAGAGAUGAAUCACCACCACCACCACAAUCUGUUAGCAGUAACAACAGCGCGGUGAAGAGAGAGUCAUUGACACCACCAAGAAGUUCAAAGAGAACAUCAUCGAGAUCACCCUCUGCAACACCACCGAGAAACUCGACAAGAAAAGACAGAUCACCAUCGAACUCACCACCUAGAGUCAAGAGAGAAUCUUCAUCGACGAGUCCAAGAGGUAGAGUUAGAGAUAGAUCUGCAACACCUCCACGAUCAAGAAGAGAAGCUUCACCAUCCCCAUCACCAUCCUCAUCACCACCAAGAACAAGCAAUAAGAAACAAAUUAGAUCAAGAUCAAGAUCAGACUCUAGAUCAUUAUCACCACCAAGAGAUAGAGAUAGAUCAACUUCAAGAUAA